UUCAUGUGACGUCACGUGUCUCGUGGAGCCUCAACAGUUUCACUUUCAUUUAUCAGGAAGAAGCAGCGUUCAGAGCCGAAAGCCAGCUGAAGGUUUUCUUAAAGGAAGAAGACUCAAAAUGUCAGCCAGUGACACAGAGGAGCCCAUGGACAUUGACAGUUGGCAGGAUUAUCCAACAUCUGACGAUACAUCUGCUGAGGGACCUGAAAACAAGCCUGUGGAUACUACAUCCUCUGAAAAAGUGACUGUGCCAGAACCCAGUGAAGAUGACAUCACUAAGUCCUUAGAUGAAUGUCAGGAACCCCUAACAAAUACCUACACUUCUGCUGGAGAGUCUUCUGGGUCAUCAGUGAACCUUGGCCGCAUGAAGGUUUGUUCUGAGCAGCCUUCAACAUCUCAUGAUACGUGUGCUGGGAACAUAAACGAAGUUCAAGUCACCCUCUCAGUCAAGUGGCCAGAGGGUAUUAAACUGCAGAAACGUAAAGUAGAACUCCAAAAAGUUCUUCAGACUUGGGCCAACAGAACCAAAUGUGAUCGAGACUACACAGUUUUAAAUGUCUUAGAGGAUGGGAGAGCUGUGAUAAAGAUUAAACCUGCUCCAGCCUUGAUUGAGCUUCAGAAACUAAGUGGACAAACACUGACCAGGAAAAAAGAGGAGACAGUCACAAUAAUGUCUGUUAGUCUGACACUACCAGAGCUGGAAACGCAAAUACCAGACAAUGCUUCAAUGACUCUUCCUCCUUCAGCUGUGUCAAAGCCACAACAUGAGCAAAUGCAACUGGUGGAACGAAGUAGUUCCAGCAGUUCAGCAGCAGUUUCUGCAGCAGGAGAGGAGACAUCUCCUUUAUCUAUUCCAGUGGGUCAUUUCUGGUUUGUGAACCACAUCUACAAGGAAGAAAUUAAACGUAUCGAGAAAGAGAAUGGAGUUCAAAUCAAGGCAGAGGUCAAUGUGACAUUUGAAGCAAACCAGAAAGAUGGAGGCCAACCAAAAGCUCACUCUGACUUCAUUACUCUUGUCCAGAAGUGUUUAGGUGAAUCUGAAGGCUCAGUUAUUCCUCUCAAGUACAUAGAUCCAGAAGAGUUUAAGGACACACUGAAAACCAUCCAGAGACCUGAGAACAAACUCUUGCUUACUGUAUCCUCUGAAGAAAUGAACGUAUGUGGGCCAAGACAAAGUCAAGAUGUCAUCUGUAAGUCCUUAAAUGUAGCACAGAAAACCUUAAAUGCCUACACUUUGGCUGGAGAGUCUUCUGGGGCGUCUCAAGAAACACCAAUGAACAUUGGCAGGAGCAUCAAAGACCCUCUCGUUGAUGCUGGGUUAACCAUAGAGGAGAACUACUGGAAGCUGAUGACUACUUUGUUCAAUGAGGAUGUGUCUAAGAUCAAAGCUAAGUUUGGUGUGGACUUUAAGGAAUCUGGCAUCAGUCAAGGAAAAGUCAAAGUCAAAGCUCACUAUAAAAGAUCUGGAGGAAACGCAGCAAUGGAGAGCCAUGCUGUCAGAGCUCUUCUUCAUCUGUACCAGAAGAUUGCCACAUCAUCCAUGAACUUCAUCCAACACCAUGGUGCCACCGGGUUCAGUGGCUCUCUGUCUCGGUCAGAGGCCUCCAGUGGACCUGUGUUGAAUAGACAAUCAGGAUACACCACGCGCAACACUGUACAACACUGAAGCACCCCAAAACCUCAACGUCAGAAGGACCAGAGCGGUAGAGUAGUCAAAUCUCUACGCUCUUUUCAAGAUAUAUUUCUUUUGAUGCCGAGUCUACUUCAAUGUUAUACAUUAACCCUUGUACAUACUUUGGUUCCACAGUUUUGGGUAUCCUGACCCUGGCUACCUGAGAAAAAUAAGAGAGUAGCUUAAGGCAACAUAAAAGUCACAUGAACUCUAAUAUGACUGUUCACACUGAGGUUGUAUUGCAUAAAAUCAGACCUGUAUCUGAUUUGGACCACAUUUGAAAGUGGCCCAAAUCAGAAUUGAAAAGAUUAGAUUCUGUGUGGUUUUUGCCAUUCACACUGUCAUGAGAAAAUCAGAUCUGAGCCACAUAUGAGCAAAAAAUCCAGAUUCUGGCCACUUUAGCCUGGAGUGUGAACGUAGCCUUUAAUAAAAAGUGGCUGAGAUUACUUGUUGUCAUACAAAAACAUUAAGAUGAUUAUGAAUGCAGCCAAUUGUAUGAUGUCUCUCUUCUUCUAUUGCAAUGUUUCAUAUUAUCACUAAUAGUUGCUUUGAGGUGCACCAGAUAGCAUUUACAUCUCAAGAGUUUAUGGUUUGGCAACAUAUACGGUAUUAUUUACGGUAUAACCUUUUUUGAGUAAAGAUUUUCUCAUUGUUUAGUUGAUUUAUAGUUUUUCCAUGUAUAAUGGUAUAAGAAUGACAUUUGCAUCCAUGCGUUCAAAUUCAUGUCUACAGUAAACAUGAUCUGAUUUACAGUUUGCAGAAUAAAUGGUUUGUUAUAAAAUAAAUUGUUGUGGAAUUGUUUUUCACUCAGGUAAACCUAGGUGUGUUUUAGUUUCAACUCAACUGUUGGUAUGAUAAACUGUACAAUACUUCAAAGAGGGUUUACCAGAUUCAAAGUGGGACUGACUUUCAGUAAUUUUUUCUGCAUCGUGUCUAUUUUUUCUAAUUUAAUUCUCAUCUACAUGCAUAUAGUCUAAUAAUGGUCACAUUUCUUGUUGCUGCGGCUGAUAAAUACAUGCACAGUGAUGUUGAUUGAACAUGUAAUGAACACUUUCAGAAGAUGUAUUUUCUGUAAAAAAAAAAAAUUCUACUUGAUUUGAACUUGA